GUUUACGAACUUUGGAGCUAGCGUUAUGUGGUGGGAUGUUUGAUGAAAGCAGUUAGCAGUUAAUGUUUAGAAGUACUUAGAUAGGCAACAAUUAUAUUAUCUGUGCAACAUAUACUAUUCCAUGAAACCUUCAGAUUAAAUAGUUUUAACGCUGGCAGCAAGUUAAAGCACAUUUCUAUUCCCUGUUGUGUAUAUGACAGCGUGGUUUAGUCGAGACUAUAGCUUACAUGGACCAUGGAUGUUUCAGUGGGUGACGUUGUUAUUCCAGGUGACAAUUUUGCAGGUCUUCCAUCUCCGCCGGGUAAAACUCAAUCUGUAAUAGGACCAGGGCUUAGGUUAGAAACUGAUAAAGUGAUUGUGUCACGGUGUGGAAUAAUCAGGCAAAAAGGUGCCAACACAUAUUUUGUCGAUGGUUAUCAUCAGAAACGCUACAUACCAGCCAAGGGAGAAACAGUUGUUGGAACAAUAACUAAUAAGUCUGGUGACAUAUUCAAAGUUGACAUCGGUGCCAGCGAACAAGCUUCUCUGUCCUAUCUUGCCUUCGAGGGGGCGACGAAGAAGAACCGACCAAAUGUUCAAGUUGGAGACAUCGUAUUUGCCAAAUUGAUAUUGCCAAGUAAGGAUAUGGAACCAGAACUGGUUUGUGUUGAUUCCCAUGGAAAGAAGGGCAAGCUUGGCCCUGUACCAGAAGGUGGAUUCGUAUUCAGCUGUAGUUUAAAUCUUAUACGGAAAAUACUUCGCAAAAACUGUCCAUUGCUGCGUAUCCUAGGGACCAGUAUACCACACGAGAUAGCUGUUGGAAUGAAUGGAAGAAUAUGGGUCAAAGCAUCCACUGUGAAGGAAACUGUUGCCGUUGGUAACGCUAUUUUAGCAGCAGAAUAUACGGACAACGACGAAAUUAAAGAUAUGUGCCAAAGUAUUUUUGGAAAGCUGUCUAGGGAAUAGUAAAUAAUCUCUUGUGACUAUGUCAAAUGGUGUUCAACUUCGUAUCUUUACCUUGUAAUUUGUUUUAAAUGUGUCAUUACCUUCUGUUUGUAUUGCCUGUUAAAAUCAGUAAAG